AUGUCUGGUUAUGUUUCUCUUACUUUUGUUAACACUGACUUUCCACAAGGUGAAUCUUCUCAAAAAAAAAAAAUUACUCCACCAAGGUCUUAUACAUUGGGUGAUGUUAAACAAGAAUUAGAAUCAGCAUAUUAUAUUGACAAAUCUUAUAUUCAUCUUUUUUAUAAUAACAAAGAAUUAGACGAUAAAGGAACAGUGAGUAGCUUUGAUAAAAAAGAAAUUAAUUUAAAAAUUUAUACAAAACUGAAUGACCAAGAAGAUACUAUUGUAUUAUAUGUCAUUUCUUUACUUAAUCCAAAAAUUAGACAUUCAAUUAAAUGUAAAAAAAUGGACAUAAUAGGUAAAGUUAAAGAUACUCUUAUUCAAUAUGGAGUAUUAGUACAACCUAAACAAUACAUCGCAUUAUAUUAUAUGAAUGAAAAAAAUGAACCAACUGAAUUAUCUGAUUUAGAUAUUAUUCAAUCAUUACAAAUGCAAGCAUUUCAACCACUUUAUUACUUAGUUACAGAAUAUAAUGAAAUAACUGCUAAAUUAAUUGGAAAAGGAGAAAUAACAAUUAAACUUAAAUGUGAAAAAAAAGUUAUUGAAACUACAGUUCCACAACAAAUAACAUUUACCAAAUUAAAAGAAAAAGCAGCAGAGUUAUUUAGCUAUGACAAAAAUAGUUUUAAUAUAAUUUUUGCAGGAGCUGAAGUAAAUGAUAAUGAUACUUUAUUUUCAAAAAGAAUAGUUGAUGGAACAGCAUUUAAUAUAAUAAUUAAAGCUUAA